UGCUAGCUCAACUGCACCUUAGCUCUCGCCGCAGCUUAGUUCCUGUUCAGCAGAUCAUCAUGCAGGCUGUGUGCUCAACCUCCGCGACCGCCUUCAAGGGCGUGUCCCUCCCUCGCCGUGCUGCACGCACUGGUGUUACAGCUGCUCGCCCUGUGCUCGCUGCCCGCGUGGCAUGCAAGGCCGAGGCGAACCUUGCCAAGAAGGUGGCUGCUGCGUCCGUCGCUCUCCCUGCCUUCGUCGCUACUCACCCAGCCUUCGCUCUGGCCCGCCUGCCCGGCCGCUCGCUGCACACACCAUACUUUGUUGCUCAGUUGUGCUGCAUGCAGGUGGACUCGCGGCUGAAUGGUGAUGGCACUGGCAAGGCACUGGGUGUUGCAACUGGUGCUGAGGGCUUUGCGAUACUGGGCGUGUUCACUCUGAUCUGGAUCCUGUACUACAUUGCCACCAAGGACGUGGGCGAGGGACGGGGCAGUGGCGACGACUCUGGCCUGACCUUGUGAAGGGGCUGUGCGUUUCCUUAGUCCUACCACUGUCUGCAAGGGACCCUGUCAGUCUUGCAGCGUUGCGCAUGUGAUCGGUGCAGCAAGUGAAUGCGGAGCAUUUUCGCAAGCCGUGCAGCACCGUCACAGCAGCCGCACAGGGUGCAUGUUGUACUAUAGGGCAGUUGCAGGCCUUACUGUCCAGAUAACAGACUUCACGCACUGUGAAUUGUUGUCUUGGACGUAAUCACAUUGUCAUAUUGUGGGGACAUUGAGAAGAUUAUAUCAUAGACAAGAACUUCAUUGGAAAUUAUUCAAAUAUUCUAAACAAGGUUGUUGGUGAGGAUUUUUGAAAGCUGAUUUUCACACAGCUAUAAGUGCUAAAAUUGACACUAUCCUUCUUGCGAUGUAGCCAACCAAAAAUAUAUUUUCCAACCUCCAAACAUGAUCAUGAAAAUCAUCGAUGUCAUGUGGUGUCCUCGCAAGUGUCCAGAACAGCCUUGCACGGAGGCGUGUGUGCAGGCUUCUGAAGAAAGCGUCCUUCCACAGCGCAUGCGUAAAUAUUAACCUGAAGAUCUGGACCACAUUUAUGGCAUCAUCUGCAUGGCUGGCUGACUUUUUGCAGCCUCUGAGGCUUGGCUGCUUCAAGGUUUCAAUGGCCAGCCUUGGCACCUCAAGCUCUCUCCCCCUAUUUUGGGAGAUCAGGUUCUGCAUCAACAGCGUGCGCGCCUCAAUGCAGGAAGGCCGCAGAUCCAAGCAGAGCAGCAGUAGCCGCUCUCCAUCUUCCAGCACACAGCGGCGCCCGCGCCUACCAUGCAGCUGACCUUGUGGGUGCUUUAGAGUACACUCCUUUGCUUUCUGCAGAUAUUCACGAUAUUUAUCUUUGGGAUCGACAUUAGAGUCCUGAAUAGAUGCAGAUAUUCUCCUAGUUGAUACGAGGGUGCGCUGCGCUGAUGUUAGUUGAUGAUGCUGCCUUUCUAAUCCUCCAAUCCUCCCGGAAGGAGCGCAGAGCCUGCUGCAAUACAUUCAGAUUGC